UGGUUAGCCAUUACUGUAGAGGUGUGCGGCGGACUGUCCCUAAUAUUUUCGCAAUCAAUCCUACAGUACAUCAUAAGUAGGUUUUUCAUCGGACUGGGCGAUAGUGGACGUGGAGUUUGUCUAUACCUACUGAUCCUAGAAACGGUGGGCACUAAAUAUCGGACCGACAUAGCAAUGUCAGUUAGUUUUGGAUGGAUAGCCGGCUAUAUAGCGUUACCUGCCUGUGCCUGGCUUUUACAUGACUACCAGUACCUCCAAGCUAUACCCACAUCAAUCGCAUUGAUUUUUAUGUGCACCUGGCUAUUGACAAUACCUGAGUCGCCAAGGUGGCAACUGACUAACAAUCAAAUUGAAAAGGCCCGGCUCACAAUCGCUAAAGCUGCUAAAAUGAAUGGGAGGAUAACUAACCCGGAUUACAUGAGCGAUAAAUUCAAUCAACUAAAACUUAACACAGAAAUGUCUCAAAACACAGCAAAAGGUCAACAGCACCGGACUAUACUGGACCUACUGUCCCACCGAGUGAUGCGAAACUAUACCCUCAUAUUCUGGGUGUCAUUCGCUGUGAACGCAUUCAUAUAUCACGGAAUAUCGCUGAAUGUCCAGCAAAUCGGCGGUAAUCUGUACGUCAACUUUGCCAUCGCAGGGCUGGUGGAGAUACCGUCCCUCAUACUCAACAUCGUAGGCCUUAGACACGUGGGCCGUAAAGCAUUUACCAUCACUACUAUGCUGUUGGCAUCCCUUUCCUAUUUGACUAUUGUAGGGCUGGGUGCCUAUAAGGAACCUAUGGGUGCUAGCUAUGAAACUGUGAAAUUGGUGCUGGCUAUGUUUGGAAACUCAUUUAACGUUAUUUAUAUACAUUCGGGCGAAAUAUUUCCCACUGUAUUGAGGCAUACGGGGAUCGGGAGCUGUAGUAUAGCCGCCCGUAUUGGCUCAAUACUGGCGCCGUUUGUUAAGGAAAUGAGUGAGCAUUAUAACUUUGGCGUAUCUAUGAUGGUGUUUGGAUUACUGGCACUAAUGGCUACAAUAUUAACCGUUUUCCUACCGGAGACUAAGGACAGGGAGAUACCCGACAAUAUGAAUGAUGUCGAGGAGUUGAGAGACUUAGGGCGCCGACACUCCGAUGAAAUAGUAGAGAUUGUUACCUGA